CCCAGGCCCGAGAGCGCGCCUGGCCCGCGGGCGCAGCGACCGCGCAGCGGGCUGGCCCCCGCGCCCCCGCAAUGAAGCCGCGCCGCCCGCCCGCGGCGCCCUGACCUCCCUUCUUGCGUGGCGCGAGCCAGGCCCACGAGGCCGACCCCACGAUGUUUACGUUCGCGCUGACGCUGGCGAUCGUGGCCCUCGGCAUGCUCGUGGUGGUCGCUGCGCCCAGAGCGGCGCCGAGCCCCGUGGCGGAAGGGAGGCACUCCAUGCCGGAGGGGAUUGGCGAGUCCACGUCCUUGCUCAGAGCAGACAACGCGACGUGGCAUGCCCCGAGGCCAGUGCUGUGCAUCUGCCUCGCCUACAUGUUCAUGAGCACCCUCCUCGUGGGCUUGCACCUCGGCCUUCCGAACCCCAUGGUGGUCUCCUUGACCGAGAUGCACAAGGUGACGGCGUGGCAGGUCGGCCUGUUUGCUGGCAUCGGGCCGCUCUUCACCGCCGUCGCGAGCCUCGGGGCCGGCGUCUUUGCGGACCGGUUUGGCCGCAGGCCUCUUGCUGCCGCCUCUGUUCUCCUUGCCCUCUGCGGCUCUGGCGUCCUGGCCGUCGCCUUCACCUACAAGGCACUCAUGAUCGGCCGCAUUUUGCAUGGACUAUCCAUCGGCGCUGCGAUGGUCUCUACGUGCUUGUACACUGCAGAGGUCUCCCCGAGCCGGUGGCGAGGCGCAGUCGGCACCGUCACCGAAGUCGCCAUCAACGCAGGCAUCUUGUUGGUCCUGGCUGGGGCGUACAUGCUCUCGCAGGGCCCUGGGGCGGCGGCGGACGCGGACUGGCGCUGGGCCGCCCGCGUUGGCGUGCUCCUGUCGGCGGUCCAGCUGGCGCUGGUGCAGUUCCUGCCAGAGACGCCACGCUGGCUCGCGGCGCGGGGCUACACGGAGGAGGCCACCUUGUGUUUGCAGAGCUUGCUUUCAAAUCCGGCAGAGGUCCAGGACGUGGUUCGUGGUCUCGGCGAGUACGAGGGCGCCGCUGAAUUCUCCAGCGCGGAGGAUCUGCCGAAGGUCGCGCGAGCUUUAUGCAUGCUGGACCCACAGAUGCGGCUCCCUGUGCUACGUGCACAAGGCAUGGCCUUCUUCCACAUGGCCACGGGCGUCAUUAUUCCUGGUGUGUUUGGUACAUUGAUUUUGGAGGAGCGGUAUGGAAAGGCGAUGGCACAAUGGGGUAUGUUUGUGAUGUGCACCUUCAAGAUGGCAGCUAUUUUGUUUAGUACCGCAUUCGUUGACUAUUGCGGAAGGUUGCCAUUGCUGGUGGGCUCAUGUGCCAUUAUGGGCAUUGGCUUUAUGAUGUGGGCAUUGAUUUGGAUACUGCCCAAAGCACCUUUCAGUUGGAACUUGGUCGGCAUGACGAUCUGCAUGGUGGGUUUCUCAAUCGGUCUGCCAACUUUUUCUCUGUGGCUCGCAUGUUACAAUUGAUGAACCAUCAAUCCUCGUAGUCGCCAGUGCUUUGUAAGUGGGAGCGCGCAGUCAUGCAUUCAUGCGCAUGCAUGUGCAUCUUGGAGCGCGUGUGAUCAUUAGUCCGUUUGCGCUUGCAUGGGAUAUAUUCUGACAUAUUAUUUGAUCUUUUAUCUAAACGGGGUAAAGCUAUUGGUGUACGAGUGUUGUGAAUACAAUGCGCAGAGCGCUGAGUGCGUUCACUUCUGAUUUCACAGUGUGUCUAUUUCUCGUUUCGUAGGCGCUUAUAGUUGCCCGCCGAUCUCAUCGACCAACUCAUAGCAUAUUGAAUACAGCCGUUCUCAUUCAGGACGCGCAGCCGUUCUCAUCUCGUUGGAUCACGGUCGCCUUCUGCCAUUUUUGGUCAUAUUCAUGGCGGGCGGUGGAAUGUGUUUGCCAUAGUCCGCGCUUGUCCCCAGCCUUUGUGCUCCCCGGGGUCGCUGCCAACCUUCCUUUGAACGCCGUGUCCGUGCCUUUCCCUCGCAAGGCGCAGUCCUGCGCGGGCGUCAUUUUUUUUUCGCUGUCCCCGAUGGUUCUGGCCCUGGUGCUGCCCUGUGCAGAGCUCGUUUCGAUUCCUC